AUGACAAUCCACAUAUCCAUAUCAUGGAUUUAUAACAUAAAUUGGAGUUCGAGGGGCAUUUUGGUCAUUGACACGUUCAUUGGCCCAUCUCCACCUCACACACCUCUCGUAAACCGCCGUAACAACCACCGUCCUCGCACCGCAACCGUCUCCUCCGCCUUUCCCGAUCUAUUUCUCGCGGCGGUCUCUCUCCUCUUCCUCUGGUCAUCUCCAAAACCUCCCAACAGAUUCUCCUUCCCUCUAACUCCUCGCCGCCGAUCCACCGCCAUGUCCCGUCGAUCUCCCCCUCCCUCUCCUCCUCCGCAGCGCUUCGCCAAUCCUCAAUCGCUCUCCGAUUGGCUCGAACCGCGUCUACCUUCCGAUUCCUUCGCCGCGUGGGGAGUCAAACCGGGGACCAAAAACGUCCACAACCUCUGGCUCGAGCUCUCCGACGGCGAGACUUCGAUAACCGACUCCACGCCGCCGGUGCGCGCCGUGAGCGUCGUCACGGUCCGCGUGAUCGGUAAAAACGGGAAUAUCCUCGUGGAAGGUCGCCAGGAGCUAUCCGACGGGAGCGUCCGCGAGAGGUUUCGUCCGCUCUCGGAGAAGAUGAAGCCAGACGAGACGCCCGAGGAAGCCGUCUUUCGAGCGGUUAAAGAAGAGCUUGGAUCUAUCUUUAGUGGGGAAGACGACGUCGUACAGAGGGUUAAGAUUCUUCCGGGGAGUUACAGUAGGAGAGUGGAGGAAAAGAACUCGAUGUCGUAUCCGGGGCUGCCCGCGCGUUACGCUCUUCACUCGGUGGACGCGACGGUGCGGGGAUUACCGGAGGAAGAUUUCUGCACGGAGGAGAAUGAGUGUGAUGGAGAGACGGUGGAGGAAACGCGAGCCGCGGGGAAAGCUGUGACUGUGAAGCGGCAUCACUGGAAAUGGGUUAGUCCCGGUUCGGUUCGAGCUUAAAAACUUUUAAAACAGCUUUCACAGUUCUAUAUAAAGUUUUAAUAUUUAGGUGAUUCAUCAGUCACAUGAAUGAUCAAGAGCCAUGUAGAGAGAGAGAGAGAGAGAUACUUACAUUAUACACAUUUUUAUGAUAUAUAUUCAUAUGUAAAGCACAUCUAUUCUCACAAGUUUUGGUCUCACUGUUGCUUGAUCUUUCUUCAGUUUAAUUGUUUUGUGCUCAGACUUUUUGAAUGAUUCUCUUCAACU